AUGGCGAACGAGGAAGCGAAACUCGAUACAAAACUCACUCAGUUGAGAUUGACGGCGCAAAGAACCGGGAAAAUACUUGAUGCUGGAAAACGAGAAACGAUCGAACGGCAUUUAAAGGCGCUCCAAACAACAAUAAGCGAAACAGAUCAGUGCAAAC